CCACUAAUCUCAAAACCUACAAAGACAAACUCCAACUAAUAUCAAGAGAGCGAAACCGGGCGACCUGAGAUUCAACACAACGAUGACAAGACUGAAGUCAACGGUCGUCGUGUUGGCGGUCAUGAUGGCUGCAUCUUUCCAACUACAACCCACGGUAGCAAAAACUAGGCAUAUCGUCGGAGACGCCCUGGGCUGGACUAUUCCGCCUAAUGGCGCUGCCACUUAUGCCACUUGGGCUUCCCGACAAUCCUUCACCGUUGGCGAUACACUCUUUUUUAACUUCACCACUGGAUUCCAUACUGUGGCCGAAGUUUCCCAGUCGGCCACAGCGGACCCAUGCACCUCCACCAACACCCUCUCACUCAACCCCACCGGCCCCGCCACCAUCACAUUGACGCGCCCUGGCACCCACUACUAUAUCUGCACUAUUAUAGGCCAUUGCCAAAUCGGUCAGAAAUUAACUAUCAAGGUCUCUCCCUCUACCGCCACUGCUCCUGAAUCAACUGCACUAUCUCCAUCAUCAACCAUCGCUACUCCUCCAUCUGCCUAUAACCUAUCUCCUGCUAGCAGCCCCAUACCACUACCAUGGAGUGCAUCUCCUCUAGCUUUUGCCCCUGUGGUGCCCGUCACUUUGUUGGCCGUUACUUUGGCUUUCUUUUACUAGAUUAUAUCUUUUAGUGCAUGUACUUCUUUUCUUCUUAAUAUGCUUAUACAUGUCUUUUACUAGAUUAUAUCUGUUAAUGUGAUGUGCUUAUGAAUAUGUGACUUUUUUGCUUAUUUGUGUUGUUUGUAUGGUCAAUAAAUAAAGUUCACAUGUGUUUGUAUUUUAAUA